AUGUCUAAACCUUUGGAGGCUGUAUUGACUGACCACACAAAAGCUGCCAAUGAUCAUGCGAUUGAGAAUUGGAUUGCAAUCAAGAAGUUAUCACAACACUUGGAGCGUAUCCAGCUUCAACAUCUGGUUAGGAAUCUUGAAUGUUGCUUGGCGGAGACUCGGAAGCGCUUAGAACUCCUUCAACAAGAAUUCACGGACAAAGUCACGCCGAUGGAGCUUUCUAUCAACAGGCUGGAGUUCCAUGUCUUGGAACAUGAUGAUUGCUUUCAAAAAUUUUCCCGAGAUGUCAGUAAUUGCUUCAACUUCAGCAACAACAUCUGUGAAUUCUUUGAGCGGCUUCACACACAACACACUGAAGAUGUCAAAGACCUCAUCAACAACAAACUUGUUAACUGUGAGGAUUGGCUUUUUGAUAAAAUAAUUGUGCAUCUUGAAAACAUGAUCAAUGGUCUUGAACUUGGCGAUAGCACUAGCGUCAGCAAUGUCACUGGACUCAAUGAUCACUCCGCCCUUAUCAAUAAUACCGGAGCCACCACUAGCACGCCAAAUCAUCCCAGUAUUGAAGAUAAUAUCAGCAUCACCAGUACCGCCUUGACUCACAAAGAAUAUUACAAUUGUCAGCAAAAAAACUUGAAACUUGUCUUCUUAGUGUUAUGCGUAUGA